AUGGACAUCCUCAAAGUGCUCUCGCGCGGCAUCAAGCAGGCCCCCAAGGGCACCAACCCCCCAGGCACCUCCACCGCCAACCUCCCCUCCGCCGGCAACCGCACGAACCCCCAGCUCUUCCACGAUCCCGUACCUGCGGCGCCAGCGCGGGGCAGCAAGAGGAAGCGCUCCAAGCACGACGUCGACCCAGAGCCCGAGGCCGACCACGACACCGACACCGACCUGCCCGACGUCGACUUCUUCGCCUCCAAGCCAGACCCCGCCGCAGACGACAGCCAUGUCGCCGCCACACCCGAACCCGUCAAGCCUGCAGCGGUGCAAGCCUCGCCCCUCAAGGCCGCCAAGCUGCUCAGCGACGACGAGUGCCGCCAGAUCCUGCGCUCCCACCGCCUCAAGCUGACCCUGCUGUCGAGCCGUCGCAGCAAGGAGCCCAAAGUGACCAAGAGCAAGAAGAAGAAGAAGACGGUCGCCGUCGAGGUCAAGGAUGAGCCGCUGCAGCUGCACACCCAGCCCCUGACCUCGUUCCGCGCCCUCGAGACCGUCUACGCCAUCGCCCCGAGGCUGGCCCAGAACCUGCAGCAGGAGGCCUACAAGGUCCCGACCGAGGUCCAGCUGGCCAGCCUGCCCAUCCUGCUGCGCCCGAAGCUGGCCUUUGGCAAGGUCCCCGAGAGGAAGGAGAUCGGGGACAGCGCCAAGGGGGUCAAUUUCCUGGCCGUGGCGCCGACGGGGAGCGGCAAGACCAUCAGCUUCUUGAUCCCGGCCCUUGAUGGCAUCCUGCGGAAGCGAGCGGCGCUGGGAGAAAAUGGCGAGCCCGAGCACGAGCUGCAGGCCGUCGUUGUCGCGCCGACGAGGGAGCUUGUCUUCCAGAUUGUCAAUGAGGGCCGCAAGCUCGCCCUCGGCACUGGCAUCAAGAUUGCGGGCAUGAGGAAGGAUCUGCACGAGGCAGACGUCAUGCUGGAACCCCUCUUCCGCGAUGCCACGACUGGCGUCUGGUCGGCCUGCACCAACCCAGACCUGCGCAUCUCCUUCUGGUCCGCCACCAUGGGCUCCAACAUUGAGACGCUCGUCACCGACAUGCUCGCCGCCAAGGCAUCAACGAGCCCCCUGAUCCGCCUCGUCGUCGGCCUCAAGGACACGGCCGUGCCCAACAUCACCCACAAGCUCAUCUACACGGCCUCGGAGCAGGGCAAGCUCCUCGGCCUCCGCCAGCUCCUCCACCCCACCUCAGGCGACGAGGCCGGCCCGCCGCUGCGCCCUCCCUUCAUCGUCUUCACGCAGACCAUCGAGCGCGCGUCGGCCCUCGCCGAGGAGCUCAAGUACGACAUUCCCCUCGCCGCCGGCGGCCCCGCCCGCAUCGCCGCCCUCCACAGCGGCCUCACCGACGCGGCGCGCGCCGGCAUCAUGCGCCGCUUCCGCGCCGGCGAGGUCUGGGUCCUCAUCACGACCGACGUGCUCGCCCGCGGCGUCGACUUUGCCGGCGUCAACGGCAUCAUCAACUACGACAUUCCCGGUUCGACGGCCGCCUACGUGCACCGCGCCGGCCGCACGGGCCGCGCCGGCCGCGAGGGCGGCGUCGCCGUGACCUUUUACACAAAGGACGACAUAGCCUUUGUCAAGACGGUCGCCAACGUCAUCGCCGUGAGCGAGAAGCAGGCCGGCAAGACGGGCGACGCCGCCGGCGUGCAAAAGUGGCUCCUGGACGCCCUGCCCGACGUCAGCAAGGACGACCGCAAGAAGCUCAAGGAGAGGGGUGUCGAGUCGAGGCGCACGGGCGGCGCGGGGGCCAUGAUCACGUCGCAGAGCGGCUGGGAGCGACGCAGGGAGAACAAUCGCAAGGGCGCCAUCGAGGGCAGCAAGCUGCGGAAGAAGCAGCAGAAGAAGGCUGGCGGCGAGGGCGAGUGGCGUGGUAUCGAUGAUUGA